AUGGCACCAACCACACGUUCCAAAACCACAAGUUCCAAAACCACAAAGACCCCUGCCAGCAAGACUCGUACAACCAAGGCUCCCAAAAAGGUGAACGAGGCUGCAGUAGAGGCUUAUGUCACAAAAGCAAGGAAAGCCGCGUCCACCUUGAAGGGCGAGCUUGAGGGGACCUCGGACGGCUUGCAGAAUGCCGUCUGGGCCCUGAAGGCACGUGCAGACGAGCUCGAGGCCGAGUUGAGUGCGGUAAAACAAGAGCCUGGAGAGGCCAUGCAGGUUGAUGAAGACCCCGAAUGGGAAGAAGAUGCGCCGAGUGAAGCAGAAGACGAAGCUCUCUUCGUCUCUCGAACGGCUG